AUGUCUUCCGGAAAGGUCAAGGCUCAAGCGCUCUGGGGCAAGAACAAGGACGAGUUGCAGAAGCAACUCGAUGAGCUCAAGCAGGAGCUCGUCCAGCUCCGCACCCAGAAGAUUGCUGGUGGCGCCGGCUCCAAGCUGAACAAAAUCCACGAUGUGCGCAAGUCGAUUGCCCGCGUCUUGACCAUCAUCAACGCGAACCAGCGCUCGCAGCUCCGCCUCUUCUACUCCGGCAAGAAGUACAUGCCUCYCGACCUCCGCCCCAAGCAGACCCGCGCCAUCCGUCGCCGAUUAAGCCCCGAGGAUGCCGCUCGCGUCACUGAGAAGCAAAAGAAGAAGCAGAGACAUUUCCCCCAGCGCAACUUCGCCGUCAAGGUCGUCGCAUAA